UAAAAGCCCCUAGGCUCCCAUGCCGCAAAUGAGGCCUGUCGUGAGGGAGGCUAUUCCCGGCGUUUCCGUUGAGGCUUUGUGUGGUUUGCAACGCGUUUUUCAUUCGUUCUUUGGACCUUUCUGGGCUCCUCGUCUUUCGCUUCUAUUUUUUCCCCCCCUCCUAGUUGUGCAUUGUCUUUACAAUUCCUUCUCCCUCCAUGCUCCUAGAACAAGAAGAUGGGACUUUUGUCCUCAACACGGCGAGUCCUCGCCACGUGCCAGUGUGGAAGCAAUGUCUCCAUGUGUUCUGCUGCCUGGUUUCGUUACCACUCUACUUUCUCAUGACAGUCUCGAGUCAAUUCCCAAUUACCCUUGACCUGCUCAUGACCAUCAUCCUGACGGAGCUCAACCGCUUUGUCAACGAGAGAAGGAGGCAGAAGUCCUACAAGUUCGACAACCUGGAUGCAAGCCCGAUACGAGAAAAAGAGGACUGGCUUAGGUGGGAGCUGAACGUUGAAAAGACUGCUCCGAGGUUGGACUGCAUGGCAGCUGUCGUCGGGUGGAGAGAACAUCCGGAUCUUUUCCACCGUGCACUGGAAAGCUACAAGGUGGCUCAGGGAUGCACAUUCAUCUUGGUUGGGAUCGAUGGUGAUGAAAUCGAAGACCAGGACAUGGUCGAUGUUUUCAACAAGGCAACCGUCAUCCACCUCGAUGAGCCUUUGGGAGAGAUUGCGGAACGGACCAGAGCUAAGCUCGUUGCCAUCCGCCAACAAGAUGAGCAGCCUAUGGAUGACGCCGAUAUCGACAAGAUGGUCAUGCAGCACCUGAUCCAGCUUGCGCGCAACAUCCUUGACCAACAUCGUCUGACCAUCGGUGGCGGGUCCUACGAUGGUAUUCGCCACCUUUGCAUCCGGCAACGACACAUGCACAAGAAGGGUAUCAUGUUCUCCACAUUUGUAUUUUCGCUCGUCAUCGCCGACAUUCUUGGCAUCGAGUUUCUCUGGUCUUCCGAUAGCGAUACGAUUGUCUUUCCAGACUCGCUGUCGCGAACCAUCGACACGAUUGCGGCCGACCCCAACAUCGGUGGCGCAUCGUCCGGCCUGGUGGUGCACAAUGGCGACGAGACGCGGAUUACGAGACUGGCUGCCACUGUCUACUGGGGUGAGCUGUACCUGACCCGCUCCACAACUGCGGCGACGGCCACGAGUGAUUGUCAGAGCGGGCCGAGCACUGUCUUCAGGCUGUCUGCGCUGCCGAACAUCCUGGUCCCGUGGUAUCUGCAGACCAUCAUGGGCAAGAGAAUGAUCAUCAACGAGGACAGGCAUCUGACGACCAACCUGCUGUUGCGGGGCUGGGGCGUGGUCUACGCGAGUGACGUCCUGACUGCCACUGACACGCCCACGACCAUGAAUAAAUGGCUGAAGCAGCAGCUUCGGUGGGCGAGGGCAACGCACAUUGAGAGUCUCCUGAUGCCGAAGGUGUAUCUGAAGACGAACCCUCUGCUGUUCUUUGGCAUGGCAAAACGCGAGGUAGGCCCAGUGCUCGCUGCUGUUGCCGUGGUCCAUUACCUCAUCACAUCGCGAAGCCUCGUCCCCUUCUCGUCUCGUGACAUUGGGAUGCGGCUUCUAUUUGGAAUCGUCUACAAUGUCCUGCGCAAUCCUGACCGCCUUGGUACCAGCGGGUGGGCAGCACGAAAGUGGGUCCUGCCAGGCAUUCUGUUCUAUUACAUCCCAUUACCGGCGGUCCAUGUCUGGAGCAUGCUGACGCUGACUGCGGACGGCUGGGGCACGGCUAUGCGCGCCGAGGGAGAGACGGCACCAAAACCGAGUGGUGCAGCGCAACCGAAGAACGAUAUGGGAUUCUUCAUCGUCUGGAUGGGAAUAUUAGCUGCAGCUACAGCAAAGUGUCUGGGGCACCAUCAUGGCCUUGGGAGCCUGCACACUGGACUGUUGAUGAUGUCUUGCAUUUCCCUUGUGGUGCUUGUGGCAUGGCGAGUUACAAAGAUCAAGGCAUGAUAAUUGGGUAAUCAAAAGCAUAGACAUACAACGGUGCAUAAUCAUUAAUGAGAGCGAUUCAAUACUUCAAAUUCUCCUUCUAC